AAUUUGGGUGAAUCUUAUAUCGUCAUUCGACUCUACACGCUUCAACCCUUUGUGCUCUCCCUGCUCGUUCCUUUCGGUCGAUCUCUAGCAUGGCUUCAGUCGCGAGCACCGGUCAAACCGCGACAGCAGCAGCGACAGUUACUGGCACCAAGGCGGCACAUAUCACAUGCACCGAAUUCCCAGUCCAGGAACAACAUGUCGCCUCCAAGGGCUUCAUCCCAACUCAAGCAGGAGACACGCGGUCUACCAAAGCUAUUGAGAUCCUCAAAAUCAUCGAAACUUACGGUCUAAACUACGAACGUACCGGGACAUGGGAUGGCUUCGAUACUUUUCUCCCGAUAGUCAAAGGCAAAGUGGAGCGGAAGGAACCAGUUCUCUUGCUCCUUCCGGGUUUCCCAUUCAAGUCUCCAAACACGAAGGACAAAGUCCUGGGUGUAUUACCUGAUUUGGGUGAAGAGCUUGCGCUGAAGCACCUCAAUGGGCUCGCCGAGAAAAUCAAGGCAAUCUAUGAGUUUGGUGCAGAGGUGCAUAUUACCUCCGACGGGCUCGUGUAUAAUGAUCUCCUCGGAGUUUCAGAUGAAACCGUCUGGAACUUUGGGCAAGCUGUGCGACAGAUGGCUGCAGAUAACAGCCUCCAUAACCUUAGCUUCCUUCGCCUUUGGGAUCUCUUGGCACACCCAGGCAACUUCCAGUCAAAAGAGUACUACCUUGCGCAUUCUUCUUGCAUUCGCCGCGAACUCAAGUAUCGUUUUGGAGACCCCAAGUUCGAAGCUGACAUGGCCAAUACAUCUACCAGCGACAUGCAAAUGACACACACCAAGUACCUCGAGUUCCUGUCGCAAGAUCUUGCUCUGAACGGGAAGCAUCUUGCCCUUUCAUCGGAAGAUCGAGCUGCUAACAUUGCCAACACUGCGAAGGAGAUGAUGGGCCGGUGGAAGGCAUUUUCGGCAGCGUUGGCAGCUGUUUCCACGGAGUAUGUUAGGCUGUCGAUCCACGACUCGGGAGGCAAAGACAAGCUUUCCAUGGCGGUAAUUCCGCAACAGGAGAAGGGUGCUUUGGGCGCAACACCAUGGCACUCGACGCUCGUGGUUGAGCGAGAUGGAGCGCUGCGAACCGUACAGCGACAUAAAGUUGAACAGGAGACAUACCAGCUAGUAUAUCGUCAUGGACGACCGUACUUCUACCGCGCUAGAUCCGAGGGCGGUGACGCUGAGGGCGAGAACAUGACGUUUGAGAAAAUGUAUCCCAACGGUCUAGCCCUCCGAGAACGAAAAGCAGUCCCCGAAUGAGACGAAUGCAGAAGUCCACGAUUGGCUAUCGAGAAAGCGCAAGUUGGUAGUCAGUGAGGUCGCCUUGGUCGGGAACACCUAUCUUGGGAACGUU